AUGGAAGAAUCAUCACGGCCGCCACUCGGAGAAAUAAGAGUCAUUAUAGGGGGAAGUUCGACGGGCCAGUCAUCCAAGUCCAAGAAAGCAUAUUUGAAGGUAGUGCAGAGUGUCCAGCUUUCUGGACGAUCACCAAGAGCAAGGACCACGGACAAAGCAGCGAUCACUUUCACGGACGAAGACGCUGAGAGAAUUUAUCACCCGCAUGAUGAUGCUCUCGUCAUCACCUUAAUGAUUGCUGACUACACAACUAGAAGGGUGCUUGUAGACAACGGAAGCUCGGCGGACAUUUUGUAUUAUCCAGCUUUUCAACAAAUGAGGCUAGGACGAGACCGGCUCCGUCCAGUGAACUCCCCCCUAGUAGGUUUUGGUGGCAUGAAGGUACAACCCGUGGGUACCAUUUCCUUGUCAGUGGUAGUGGGGGCAUAUCCACGACAAGUCACCAAGGAUGUGAACUUCCUUGUGGUAGACUGUUCGUCCUCCUAUAACGCCAUAAUUGGACGACCAACUUUGAAUAGUUGGAAGGCCGUUACCUCCACUUACCACUUAUCAGUUAAGUUUCCAACAGAACACGGAGUAGGGCAGGUGCAAGGGGAUCAACUGGCAGCAAGAGAAUGUUACUUGGCCAUGCUGGCCAUGGACGAGCAAAUUCAAACCAUGAAUAUUGAGGAAAGGAGGAUGGUAGCUGAGCCUACCGAAGCAUUAGAAGACAUUUCCCUGGACGAAGAGAAUCCUGAGAAGUGUACCAGGGUUGGGGCAGAUCUAGAAGAGAAGAUUAAGGAGGGCCUCGUCCACUUUUUGAAGAAAAAUAUUGAUCCAGUGCGGCAAAAGAAGAGGGUGUUUGCCCCUGAGAAAAAUGAUGCUAUCAAAGACGAAGUUCAAAAACUGAUGGGGGCGAGGUUUAUCUGGGAAGUGUACUACCCAGAUUGGUUGGCAAAUGUUGUAAUGGUCAAGAAGGCAAAUGGUAAGUGGAGAAUGUGCGUGGAUUUUACCGACUUGAACAAGGCUUGCCCAAAGGAUAGUUAUCCGCUACCACGCAUUGAUCAAUUGGUGGAUUCAACUGCGGGCCACAAGUUGCUUAGUUUCAUGGAUGCUUUUUCAGGAUACAAUCAAAUAAGGAUGGAUGAGGCGGAUCAGGAGAAAACAUCCUUUGUCACAAGUCAAGGCUUGUUCUGUUAUAAGGUGAUGCCGUUCGGCUUAAAGAAUGCAGGAGCCACAUAUCAGAGAUUGGUCAACCACAUGUUUCGACAGCAGAUUGGGCGGAAUGUGGAAGUCUAUGUGGACGACAUGCUGGUAAAGAGCCAGGACGAAGGAAGGCAUCUGGACGACCUGCAGGAGACAUUUGACACGCUGAGACAGGGGAUUGAAGCGAAUCCUGAUAAAAUUAAAGCAAUACUAGACAUGAAGCCUCCGCAGAAUACAAAGGAGAUCCAAUCUCUUACUGGACGAGUCGCUGCAUUAAACAGAAAAGCAUUCGAAUGGAUCGACGAGUGUCAGAAAACUUUUGAGGAUCUGAAGGCAUACUUGACCAAGUCUCCAUUGUUGAGUCCGUCAGUAGUGGGAGAGGAAUUAUACUUGUAUUUGGCGGUAACCCCGUAUGCCGUAAGUUCAGCACUGAUAAGGGAAGAAGGUAAAGUGCAAAGACCCGUGUACUAUACGAGUAAGGCAUUGAGGGGAGCGGAAGGACGAUAUCCACAGAUGGAGAAGUUAGCCUUCGCAUUGAUCACUGCUUCCAGGAAGCUAAGGCACUAUUUCCAGGCACAUGUCAUUAAUGUCAUGACGGAUCAUCCACUUAAGAAGGCGAUGAACAGACUGGAGGCAGCUGGACGAUUGGUUCAGUGGGCCAUCGAGCUCAGCGAAUUUGACAUCAGAUAUCAACCAAGGCAUGCUAUAAAAGCUCAAGCAUUAGCAGAUUUCAUUGCAGAAUUUACCCCAAGUCAUGAAGAGACAGAAGACAAUGAUAGAUGGGUCGUCUAUGUGGAUGGAUCAUCCACAAAGUAUGUAGGUGGGAUUGGUGUGGUUUUACAGUCCCCAGAAGGAGACAAAUUGAGGCACAAGGUUCGUCUACAGUACCAAGCGACUAACAAUGAAGUCGAAUAUGAAGCCCUUCUCAAAGGGCUAGAAUUGGCUAAGUCUGUGGAAGCCAAGUCUAUACUCGUCCUGGGUGAUUCUCAGUUGGUCAUGGGGCAAGUAAAUGGAAUGUAUGAAGCAAAAGAGGAACGGAUGAGGAAAUACCUUAGUCGAGUGAUGCGCCUAAUGAAGAAAUUUGAAAAAGCUGAAUUCGUCCAAAUCCCAAGGGAGGAAAACAUGGAAGCUGAUACUAUAGCGAAAGAAGCCUCGGCAAGUGAAUUUAUGGACGAAUAUGACCAAAUUCAGUACAUGCCAAGCAUAGAUAUUCCAGAAGUACAACAGGUGGAAAAUAGAGGAAACUGGAUGACCCCGAUUAUAUCAUACCUGAAAGACGGACAGCUACCAGAAGAAAAAGAUGAAGCAAGGAAGCUGAGGGUGAGAUCGGCUAGAUAUCUACUUUUGAACGAAGUGUUAUACAAGAGGGGCUUUUCUCAACCUUAUCUUAGGUGCUUGGCUCCAGACGAAGCAAACUACGUACUGAGGGAAGUUCAUGAAGGAGCAUGUGGCAAUCACUCCGGAGCCAGGUCCCUUGUCUCCAAGGUCGUCCGUGCAGGGUAUUAUUGGCCAAAUAUGCAAGCUGAUGCCAAAGCAUAUGUCAAGGUCUGCGACCAAUGUCAACGAUUUAGCAACGUCCCCAGACAACCAUCAGAGUACCUCACCCCGAUGAUGGCACCGUGGCCCUUUGCACAAUGGGGACUAGACAUUUUGGGUCCUUUUCCUCAGGGCAUAAGGCAGAUGAAAUUUCUGGUUGUGGGCAUUGAUUACUUCACAAAAUGGGUGGAAGCUGAACCGCUGGCGACGAUCACACAACAAAAUGUUAAGCAUUUCGUGUGGUAG